GCCAUUUCACCGCAUUACAGCGGCCAAGUGGGAUUAUUUUAUUGAAAUUUUCCGUAAUCCGUUUACAAACGAGUACACAAUUUCAUUUUGUCGGAUAGUUGGGAUAAAUAUCGUGUUGUGGGUUUAAAAUACUGGCUUAGGGACUCUCCUGUAGAGUCGGUAAGUAGUGAUUUGAAUACGAUCGGUGCGCAUGAUGUCCUAUAACAUUCAGCAGACACAACAUGUGUGAAUGCAUUUAAGAUUUACCAGAAAUUGAAAUUUAAUCGAGAGAGAAUUUUAAAGAGGAAAAAUUAAGAAUCUCAUUUUGAUAUCGCAGCCAGUUCAAGGACGAAUUUGAAAAUUGUGAUAAAAGGCUGUGUGAAUAUUGUUGACGUUUUGCCAUGACCACGGAUUCGAGAAAGGAGUCCAUUCCUAUAGUUAUUACAGAUGAUUCUCCGGACACGUCGGGGGGUAAUAGCAAGUUCCCUUCCAGGAAACAGUCAAUGAAACCUGCCGGGGGGAUGGGUCGCCGAAAAUCCAUCAUGAAGCUGUCUGGAACCACGGCCCUUGCCGGGCGACGCCUGACCAAGGCCCUGCUGGACCUUCCCGAGGAACAAAGCAGUAUCGCCAACAAACCCAAAGUCCGCAUGGAAAACACGUACAAAAUGGCCCCCGACGAAGACACAACGUUCAUUCCAUGGAAAGUUCGGAACGCCGUCUUGGAUAUUUUCAAGGAACAUUUGUCCUCUGUGUCGUAUGACAACAAGACUGCCGGAAAACAGUGCUGUGAUCUUGCCCAAAUGAUCCGAAAUCGGGUCAGAAAUAUGGACUUUCCGCGCUAUAAGAUAAUCUGCAAUGUGAUCAUCGGACAGUGCUCUGAGCAGGGACUGGAGGUGGCCAGUCGGUGUCUAUGGGACGAUAAAUUCGACAACUAUACCUGUAUCGAGUACAAAAACCACUCUCUGUUUGCCAUCGCUAUGGUUCAUGGGGAUAUGGGUCAGAUCUUAAGAAGACAUUUAGAAUCGGAGAAUGGAGUUGAUAAUGAUGGGGCGGUUGCCAAUAGAUUCCCAGAUUUGGCUAAGUUACCACCAGAAAUCAGCAUGGCUAUCCUGUCCCACCUAGAUGCCACCGAUUUGUGCCUAGCUGCUUGUGUCUGGAAUAACUUGGCAAAUGAUGAAGUUUUGUGGAUGGGAUUAUGUAAAGCCUCAUGGGGAUACACCAGCAUUUAUAGGUACAUCAAUAAUCCUGUCAAGCUAUCCUACAGGAGACUUUAUCUGUUGUUGGAUGAAGCAUCACUUACUUUCAACGGCAACCCCUUUGAGGGAGAGGAAUAUUUAUUCAAAAGAGGCAUUAUGGAUAACAAUGCUUUAGAUAUGGCAAAAUUCUUACACUUCACAAAUAAGAUCAAACCUGAUAAAAAGAGAGAGUAUUUAGACAGGAGAAGAGACGUUUUAGACCACCUACUGCAGCUACAGAACUUCCAGAAUCAGUUCUUGCCCAAUGCCCUCCGAAAAUUAUUCUGUAACAUCUCAGCUCCAAACAAUAGAGGAGAGUACCUGUCUGAGAUGAUUGACAAGUUCUCAGACAGAUUCUGUCACUGUAACCCAAAACUAGGAUUAGAUAAAGACACAGUGUUUGUUUUAUGCUUCUCCCUGAUUAUGCUGUCUGUAGACCUCAGCAGCCCUGCAGUGAAAAACAAAAUGUCCAAGAGAGAGUUCAUCAAGAACACCCGCCGAGCGGCGCGGAGCGUGGACGAUGACCUGGCAGGUGACCUCUAUGACAACAUCUAUCUGAUUGGUCACGUAGCAACGGAUAGUCUCAGAUGACCCUCGUUGCUACAGUAGUGACCUGAUGUGUUACUGUGUUUUUACUUGUAUGUUUACUUAACCUUGUGUAUAUUCUUAGUGGGCUGGCAUAUUGUUUUGAGUAUAAUUAUAUUGACUUAAAGUUAAAAAUAAAGAUAAUUGAGGCAAACGAUGCAUUGAAUUUUAAGGUAUUUCAAAUGUUUACCAUAUUUGUGAUAGAAAUAAUUCAGAGGGGGUUGAACGUAAGAUAAAACAAAAGAUGAUACUGCUGAUUUUUUUAUCCAUGUAUCAUGGUAAAAUUAUUAUAUUGAUUUACAUGUACAGGUAUAUACAUGUAUCAAUGAUAUACUUACAUGCAUACAGUGGGUAUAGUUAGAGGCAUGCUCAGCAAAGCCUAUGUUUGAGAGCACUUGAAAAGUUUCCACUUCCCUUUAACAGAAAUAUUCGCAAGAGCUUGUGAGUACAUGCUUUGCUGAACGGGUCUAAGAUGUUACAUAGAAUUACUGGUAUAUGGCAAUGGAAAAUGAAAUGUUUGAUUUCUUUUGUAAAGUUUUCGGUGAUAAUUGGCUUGAAUCUUGAUUUUUAAAGUUCUAUGGAUAAAAAAAUUGUCAAUUAACAGAAACAUUAGCCUGUUCCACAAGAAUUACAUUGUAACCAAGAAAUAUACACGCACUGUUUGUGUUUGUAUAGUGUACCAGUUUAGUAGAUAUUUUACUCUGUUGUUACAAACUGUUGAUUUUUUCACCUGUUUAUGUUAAUUGAAACUACAUGUACAUGAAUGUAGAAUGAACAAAUAAGGGGAGGGAACUUGGGAAGUACCAACUUGUUAUCCAUAUAUAACCCAGUGAAUUCAUUUUAGUAAUAUAACUAUGUAUCUGUAUUAAAAUGAACUAAUAUUGAAAUAUAAACUAAUUGAUCAGUAUUUACAUUCCAUACAAACUAAAAAAAAAUGAUAUCGGAACUUUGAUGUAAUUUUUUGAAAAAAUUAGUAUUGCACUAUUAUUCAAAGAAUUGGUAGGGUUCUCAUAAAAAAGUCGAUUCGAUUUGAUUAAUAAAGCCUGGCGUUAUUUAAAAUUUCCUAGGGUCCUUCCCAAGGAUGCAGACAAACUUAAUACAGUGCAUGCUACAGUCACAUACUUUUGAGGUUAUUUAAAUGUUGGUUGUGUAUUUAAGCGUAUACAGUAAAACACGAUUACAGUGAACACACGUUUAACAAACUAAUGCUAACAGCGAAGUCAGUUGGAUUUCCUCUUAAUUUUUACACAUAUAAUAAACUUAUCAUGUGUAACAAUUAUGUUUAUAACGAAUCAAAAUUGUUUGUCCCUAGCACUUUUUUUACUGUACAGAUCAUUGGUUUGUGCUAAUCUGGCAUUUAUUUACUCAGUAGCAGUUGUAAAAUUUUGUCUUCUUCUAAACAUUACUUUCCCAAUAUGUUGCAAAGUAACUUAUUGCUACAUUAAAAAGUUAGGUUACGAUCUUUAUAAAGAUAAAGAAAUUUGAUUAAUGAUAUUUAAUAUUUGGAAGCAUGUGAUAUUGAUGGCAGGUUAAAAAAAAGAUCAAUUGUUUUCUUAAUCUCCAAGUAAACAACAUACUCUAUGAUAAUUAAAACUCCUAUAUUGUUGUCAAUCAUGUCUAAAGGCAGCUUUUUAUGUACUGUACAAAAUUUAUUUAUUUUAAGGAUCUUAUUUUGAAAUUGCAUUCUCAGAAUAAAGUAUCUAUUCACAAUUAAUCUGGCAUUCAAGAAGUCUGUAUAGAUAAAGGCAUAAUAGUGUUGGAAACUAAAGACCAUUAAUCUUAAUUAACAUGAAGAACAAGGGUUAAUUAAGCUAUUGGUUGUCCUUAAUGUCUUUCAAGGUAUAAGCAUGAAAGCAUCAAACCCUAAAAACAGAAAAUUGCACGAUAAAUCGAUGCAAUAUCUAAUUGUUUGAUGUCUCUUUUUGUUCCCUUUCACUGUUAAUUUUCACCCUUUGUUUUAAUAUGAGUUUAUUAUGUUAAUUAAUUGUGAAUCUAACCAUUUCUUAUCUUAUGUAUAUGUAUAUAUUUACAAUGGCAAUUUUAUACCAUGUUUUUUUUCCAUGAAUAUUUUGUAAAUUAUACUGUUACUUGAAUGAAUAAAAUUCAUCAUGAUGAUCA